AGAGAAGCUGCUGUUUGUCGCUCUGACGGCUGCCAGGAUGUCUCGGAACGCUCUGUCCAUCUAUGGCCAGGCGACUUCGCCCUCAUAUAUGAGUCAUACCAACAUGACGUCAUACGUGGGGCAUACCACCUCUCUGCCAUGCUGGGCGUUGUCUCACACCCCAGUGACUGCUGUGGAGUGGAGAAGACCUCAGACGUCCAACUAUGUCUUUCUGUCCCGAGAUGGACAUGAUGAUUCAGGAAAACAAGACCCUUCUUACAGGAACAGGGCGUCUCUGGUGGACAGCAAGGUCAAGAACGGAGACGCGUCUCUGGUCCUGAAAGACAUCAGUCCAGAGGACAGCGGCUUGUAUGAGUGUCGGGUUAAAGGCAGCAAGUCCAGACGCAAAAGACGGGGCGUCCUCGGGGGUCUUCCAGUCAGCACCGUCAACCUGCAGGUUCACUUAGAGCAGGAAAUGACAGGUAACCGUGGCGAUGAUCUCGUUCUUCCCUGUCGGGCUCCCAGAGAUGCUGCAGUCGAUGCUGUGGAGUGGCUCAGAACCGACAUGGAGUCUGGUACAUACAUCUUUCUGAUGAGGGACAGCAUCCCAGAUCCGACCAGGCAGCACCCGUCUUACAGGGGCCGGGUGGAGCUGAUGGACCCGGACCUGAAGGAUGGAAACCUGUCUCUGGUUCUGAAGAAUGUGAGCAGCAAAGAUGUGGGAACUUAUGUCUGUCACACAAAAACAAGCGGAGAAAGAGAGAAAAGAGCCACGAUUGAGAGUAAACCAAUCAGCAUCAUCCAUCUCAAGGUUGAAACUCCAGUUGUUCACAUCACAGUUUAUACUGGGAACAGCGCCACCUUUCCCUGUCGAGCUCCUGUUGGCACCGACAUUGUGGCCUUGGAAUGGACCAGACCGGACCUGGAGGACAACGGAUACGUCUGCCUAGUGAGGGACGGGAUCCUAGACCCGACCAGGCAGCACCCGUCUUACAGGGGCCGGGUGGAGCUGGUGGACCCCCACCUGAAGAACGGAGACCUGUCUCUGGUUCUGCAGAACGCGACGCGCAGCGACACUGGGAGGUAUGAGUGUCGCCUGAGCAGACAGCAAGGACGACAGAAGAGGGCCACCAUCCAAACAGAACCGGUCCACAUCAUCCAGCUCUUGGUUCUGGAGUCAGGUGAUGAGGAAAAGGAAGAUGAAGAGAAGAAUCAGACCCUGUCCACCAUCCCGCCUGAACCCAGAGCCCGCCAGCGCCACGGUCUGAUCGGUGUGGGGAUUGCAGGAGCUGCAGUUGCUGUUCUGUAUUUAGUCAUGUUUUUUAUCUAAAAACUGUUAAAGUUUAAUCCUUAAAUCAGCUUAUAAAUGAGUUUAAUCAAGAAUCAUAAAUAUGGAAUCAAGUGUAAACAAAAUGCAACCCAAGAAAUAGAAGUUAGAAAAUGAAAUAUGAAGACUAAAUGUUCAUUAUUUCCUGAUUAGAUUUUAUGUCUUAUGGUUUUUGGUCUCUGGUGGCUCUUCAUCCUCAGGUUUGUCUCAGUAACAUGACAAAAUAUUUACAUGUAUUCAUUAUGUUUUCGGUUUUGUUGCAUACAUAUUGUUAGCAGUCCACCAGCGUUAAUCUGAGCUAAACAAAUAUCUUUAUUCUGCAGAGUUUGUGGAGCAUGAAGCAGAUAAAAUAUGAUCUGCAUUAUCCUUUCUGGGCCUGAAGGUGGCGCUCCUGCAGAGAGUAACUGGAAUCAUUCAGUUCUUAUAAAUUUGAACUUAGUAGAAACAGAAACAGUUUUAUUAAUCUGGAAUUUAUUUGUCAUGUUUUACAUCACAGAUUAUUUCUUAACUGCAUCAGUAAAUAAAACAUUUAGCAUCUAAAUCUGACCUUUAAUCCUCAAAUUAAAACAAACUGAUGUUUCUCCUUCAGUUAUUAUACUUUUUUUUUUUUUACUGAACUAAAGAAUCAAAUUAACUUUGUGAAUCACAUUAAGAUUCAAAUCUUUUUUUCCUGUAUUAUGAAUCAUUUAUAAUAUGACUGCAUUAAGCUAACAUUAUUAUGGUUUGUGUUUUGAAUCCCAAUCAUCACCAUAUGUAAUGAUCAGUUCAAGAACAUUGAUUGAUUAUUGAUAAUUACCGCAUCAGUAGAUAACUGUAAUAUUGGAGCUCAGUACUUGGUAUACCAUGCUGUGUGGCAAAGUUGUCAAAUCAAACUCUGAAUAUAACUAGAUGUCUAUUUUUUUAUGAUCUAGUUUGUUGGAUUUUUAUUCGUUAUCACACUGCUUUUAUUUAGGGUCUUAAUUUUCUCUAUUUUUAAAGACAAACUGAAUUUUCUGUAACUUUUUAUUAUCUUUACUUUCCCAACAUACUUUGAUCCACAAAU